UUCCAGCCACAGCCUGGACAUGAGCCCUGCACCACUGCUGACUGUCCUGGUGGUCACUGCCUUGUUGCCUGGUGCAGGGGCUCUGCAGUGCCAGAAAGGGUCAAUCGAGACAGUGAGAGACGCCUUGGAGCUGCCCCUCAACUGGACAGCUGGCCAGGAAACCUGUGUGGUGGGCCAGGGGUGCCAAGACACCCUGAUGAUCAUAGAGAAUGGACAUCAAGUGAACAUGGUGAUCAUCAAGGGCUGCACUGCGGCUGAGAACCAAGAGGCCCAAGUCACCAGGCACAGGGCAGGCCCCGGCCUGUCUGUCAUCUCCUACCACCAUGUGUGCCGCCAUGCUGACUUCUGUAAUGCUGUGUCCACCACCAAGGCCCUCGGGGAUCUGUCUACCACCACAGCCCCAGGGACCCUGCGCUGCCCAGUCUGCUUCUCCCGAGGCCAGCCAUGUCCUGAGGACUCGCGAGAACACAUCUGCCCCGCGGGGUACACGCACUGCUAUGAUGGCAUCCUCAAGCUCAGGGGAGGAGGGAUCUUCAGCACUCUGCGGGUACAGGGCUGCCUGCCCAGGCCGGGCUGCAACCUCCUCAAUGGGACCCAGACAAUCGGGGUCAUGGAUGUGAGUGAGAGCUGCGGUCCCCGGUCAGAUGCUCUGACGUGUUUCCAGGGGGUCAUGCUGCAGUCUGGAAGUGGCUUUAACCAAGACCCCGAAGAGUGGAGUGUGAAUGGGAAGCAGACAUGCAAUGUUGGGGAGAUGUGUCAGGAGACACUGCUACUCAUCGACGUAGGACCCAGUGCAAUCCUGGUGGGGAGCAAAGGCUGCGGGGUCCCCGGGGGACAGGAGUCACAGGGCGUCUCCAUCCAUUCUCGGCCCCCCGGAAUUCUGGUGGUUUCCUACAGCCGGUUCUGCUCCUCAAACUUGUGCAACAACGCCAACAGCAGCAGUGUCCUGCUUUCAUCCCUUCAGCGAGCUCCCCCUGUGCCAGGAGACGUGCAGUGUCCUGCCUGUGUGCAGAUCCUUGGCUCAUGCUUCUCCAGUUCCACGCUUGUCACCUGUCCUAAGAGCGCCACCCACUGCUACAGAGGGAGCUUCCAAAUGUUUGGAGGCGGACUCUCCUCCCCGCUGACCAUUCAGGGCUGCAUGGCCCCAAACUCCACAUCCUUGCUGAACCGCACCCAGAACAUCGGGAUCUUCUCGGUGACAGAAAGCUUUGAGAAUAAGGAGGCCAAAAAGGCCAAGAAUUUCCAGCUUAACAGCGCUGCCCUUGCCGCCUGCCUGGCUCCAGUCUUGGGACUGGGGCUGGCUUUGGGUGUGAUGAGCUUUUCCCUUCCUGCUAAUCUUAUUUCCCUGUGAUCUGGGUGACAGGAGCCCGCAUUGCUCUCCUAAUCCCACAACCCACUGACCUCUCCGCCACCCAAGGGCCAGUUCUCAGAACAAACCUCCCCUCCCCCUUUCUACAAGUGCAGAUUGCCCCUCAUGAGAUUGUCUGCAGCAGCUGCCCGAUUUCACAACUAAUAACUUCCUCAUUUUUUUAAAUACUUAAACCCUGAACCUGCCAGGUGCCAGAAAGCCAGAA